GGCGCUAUAUAAGCGCUGCGCGCGGGCCGCGGCCUCUCUGCGCCGCCAUGGACACGAGCCGCGUGCAGCCCAUCAAGCUGGCCAGGGUGACGAAGGUGCUGGGCCGGACCGGCUCCCAGGGGCAGUGCACGCAGGUGCGUGUGGAGUUCAUGGACGAUACGAGCCGCUCCAUCAUCCGCAACGUCAAGGGGCCGGUGCGGGAGGGCGACGUCCUCACUCUGCUGGAGUCAGAGCGAGAGGCGCGGCGGCUGCGCUGAGCCGGUGAUGAAUUCUUGUGGCGCUUCCUCGGAGCGGCUGGCGGGCUGCUGCUGGGCCGGAUGGAUGGAGAGGAGCGUGGCGGUCCUGUAACUGCAAUAAAGGCUUUUUCCAGUA